AUGGCGCCUUCAGACACCAAAGAUCCCUUCCUGCGGGUUCCAUGGAUCGCUAGCCAAAUCGGACGCCCAGAUGUGAUUUGCAGACCCCCCAAAUCUCGCGAACCCAAGGAUACCUCUGAGGACUCGCUGUGGGCUGAGACUCUGAAAGAUUCGCGCACCAUCAACUCGUGCAUCUGCUUCUACCAAAAGCCCGCCAGUGGUGUGGGUCAUGCAGAGGAAGUCAGCACGGCCAUGACCAUUGGAGAUGGCUUAAAUGGACAUCCUGCCAUCCUUCAUGGUGGAAUAACAUCAACAAUGGUGGAUGAGGCCAUGGGCAUGUACCAGAUGAUAAACAAGGAGCUCGCUUAUGAAGCACAAGUUCAGAGCGGAAAGGUAGAUGGCGAGUUGCCUCCGGUUGUUUUGCAUGCCUUUACGGUAGAGCUUAACAUCAAGUAUCUACGCACUGUGCAAACUCCAGGAAACGUGGUUAUAACCGUCAAGAGGGUGAAGGUGGAAGGCAGAAAGGAAUGGCUAGCAGCGGAACUGAAGCAGUGUACGGAACAUGGAGCUGUUGAGGUAUGCGCAACGGGAGAGGCACUCUUCAUCACACCACGAGUGUCACCACGACCGUCCAAGAUUUGA